GUAGGGUCAAAACUUUUCAUGUGUAACUUUCAAUCCCUAGGUAAACACUAAAAAUGGCACCUAAGAAGAAAUGGUCUAAAGGAAAAGUGAAAGACAAGGCUCAACAUGCCACUGUCUUUGACAAGAACCUUAUCGACCGCAUCAACAAGGAAGUUCCUGCCUUCAAGUUUAUCUCUGUUUCCGUCCUUGUCGACCGUAUGAAGAUGAACGGUGCUCUUGCUCGUAUUGCCAUCAGAGAUUUGGCUGACCGCGGUCUCAUCCAAAAGGUUGACCACUCAUCCAAGCAAUUCAUUUACAGUCGUGUUCCUUCUGCUUAAAAUGUAAGAAGAAUGGGUUGAAUAAAAUAAAAGGAAUUGAGUUUACGUUGCGCGUUCUUGUAU